UGGACUUGCGAUUGCGACGUCAGACCGAGGCAUUGGGCCUUUGAAAUAUCGCGGCUUCAUUUCUCUCUCCCGCUGUACAAGACUAGCAUCCCAUCACAGCCAACAUGUCCGGCGUGCCCCCCUCCCCGUUCUUCUUCCGCCAGCCGCUGCGCUACCUCAAGUGGGCCUCUUACAACAAGCCGGCAUACUUUUACUCAAUUAUCAUCGGCUGCGCAGGCCCCAUAAUGGUGUUUACCGUGCCGCCGAUUCGGAGAUACAUGGGCGCGGAGCCCAUCCCGAGGAUCCCCUUGACAUACCCAGUACCAAAUGGCCCACGACCAAGGCCAACGGGAUUCGAUGACGAGUAGGCAUGAGGGGAAGAGGCGAGAAUGAGAAACUCAGAUGAUUCCAUCAGAACAAGCGCGUGACCGGUUGGGGGAGGGAUGCACGAGCAAGUGCAUGCCGUAGGCAUUCGAGACUCUAGAUAUGCGACAGCAUACUGUACAAAGCACAUUUUCUUUCCGUCAACAUGUCUUCUGAAAACACGCCUGGGCUCAAGACAUGCCUUUCCACAACUACAAAUGAUCAACUAUCCGUUCAAAGAUGAUGUAUAGUUGGGCCUACUGCGCACUCUACCUGGCUGUCGGGGUGAUUCAAGGUUGUUUUGGCAUACCCAGACUUU